AUGUCAUUUAUACUUCGUCCAAUAUCUCCUGAUCGAGCGGCUGAAGUGGUUGAUGAAAUUGGAUGGAAGGUAUCAAAUGAUGGGAGACCAAUACAACCAGGAAUAGGAAAUGACCAGGAAAUAACCACUGUAGCUAAUGGCAGUAUGGCAAAAGAAUGGUUCAAAUGUGAGGUAUGUGACAAGCAAUUCGGACGUGCAAGCACUCUGAAACGCCAUAUGACGAUACACACCGGCGAAAAAAACCACAUAUGCAACGUAUGCAAUGAGCAAUUCAGAUAUGCAGGCAAUCUGAAAAGCCAUAUGAGGAUACACACCGGCGAAAAAAACCACAUAUGCAUGGUAUGCAAUAAGCAAUUCGGACAUUCAAACAAUCUGAAACGUCAUAUGACGAUACACACCGGCGAAAAAAACCACAUAUGCAAGGUAUGCGACAAGCAAUUCGGAUACGCGGGCAAUCUGAAAUGCCAUAUGUGGAUACAUACCGGUGAAAAAAGCUACACAUGCAAGGUAUGCAAUAAACAAUUCGGAUAUGCAGGCAGUCUGAAGUGCCAUAUGAGGAUACAUACCGGCGAACAAAACUUCACAUGCAAGGUAUGCGAUAAACAAUUCGGAUAUGCAUGCAAUCUGAAAUGCCAUAUGACGACACAUACUGGUGAAAGGAAUUACGCAUGUAAGGUAUGCCAAAAAACGUUCAAACAGUCCAACCAUCUGAAGAAACACGGAUUGACGCACAGAAACGUACAAAGUUCGAAUUUCACUCGAGCAGAUAAUUUGAACGAACACAUGAAUAUGGAUAAAAGUUCGAGUGAAAAGCUGUAUUCGACAGUGAGCCCCUUCAUGUCGGUAUCAGAAAUCAUCGACACAGAAAUGUUAAUAAGAGAAAUUGUUGCAUUCAUGGGUACAUAA